CAGUGUAACAAAAAUAAUAGAGAACAGGAAAUAGCCGAGAUUAUUAACAUAAAGUUAAUUACUCUGUAGUAAAGAAGUGUGUUGUCUGUCAGUCAGUUCAGUUACUCAGUCACCAAUUGACAUUUAUUCACUAAUUCUUGUCUUGUUUUAACCCUAAUUGUACGAAUUUCUAAAAAAAAGUAGAAAAUUCUUUUCUUUUUAAUUGUAAUAUAGUGAAUUUUAUUACAGUGCUACUUGUUUUAUAAUUUUUAGUGUUUAAAAUAAUUAGAAUUCGGUUAGAGUGUGUUUACAACCAUUUCACUAUGUCUUUAUCUACUAUUGGCGUCCAUAUAGGAAUCAUAACAAUUUUUAUUACGUAUUUGCUAUUAUUUGCCAAUAUUCCAGUAGAAGCAAGGGAGAAUGAAGUUGAGAGUAUUACAAAAAUUGGUCAAGGAGUAGGCCAUAUCAUGAAUAUUUAUUAUUGUUAUUCCUGUGGAUACAGAAAAGUUUUUGAAGAUUAUGCUGGUAUAAUACAGCAGAAGUACCCAGAGAUAUCUGUAAUAGGUGCAAAUUAUGAUCCACCUGGCUUAAAUAUGUACUUAUCAAGAAUGAUUGGACUAGGCAAAAUGAUACUAAUCAUGUGCAUAUUGAGUGGAGUUAAUAUAUUUGCAUGGUUAAACAAGCCCCAACCGUCAUGGUGGAGUUGGUGCUUAGAAAAUAAAAUCUAUGCUUGUAUGAUGAUGUUCUUCUUAGCGAAUAUGAUAGAAGGACAGUUAGUGUCCUCUGGAGCAUUUGAGAUAUCACUCAAUAAUAUACCGCUUUGGUCGAAACUGGAAACUGGAAGAAUUCCGCAACCGCCAGAAUUAUUUCAAAUAAUUGAUAAUACUUUACAAUUUUCUAAAAUAGAUAUACCAAAUAAUAACUUGGUCCAAUAAUGUGUACAUUUUAUUAUGUAUUUAUCAGUAUAAAGUUACAAUAAAACUAGUUAUUUUAUUACAAAUAGGGGCUGUGGUUUACUUUAAAUCUUAAUCUGGUAAGUUAUGGGGAUGAACAUUGUAGCAUUUACUAUAUUUGCAUAGUUAAAGAGUCAUUCAAUCUUAUCACUAGUAGAUACACUAUUGUUUGCCAAAUAUUAUAAUAAUAUUAAAGUCAUAAAUUGCAAGGCAGUGCCGAAUUAUUACAGUCUACAGUACUUCUAUUUUACAACAGAUC